CCGGCUUAGGCGGCGCGCCGCGAAGAUGGCGGCUGGGCUUCGGAAGCGGGGCCCGGCCGGGACUGGGGCUGGCUCCGGCGCGCGCUGGGGGCUGGGCCUGGGGCCGGCGCCGUUGAAGCGGGCGUGGCAGGAGCGGCGGCUGCUGCUGCUGGAGCCACGCUACACGCCUCUCGUGGCCGCCUGCCUCUGCUUGGCGGAGGUGGGCAUCAACCACUGGGUCAUACGCAGGGUGGCCUACACAGAAAUUGACUGGAAAGCCUACAUGUCUGAGGUGGAAGGAGUCAUCAAUGGCACCUAUGACUAUACUCAGCUCAGAGGCGACACCGGGCCCCUCGUCUACCCCGCAGGCUUUGUCUACAUCUUCAUGGGGCUGUACUAUGUCACGAGCCGAGGCACCAACAUCCGUCUGGCCCAGCACAUCUUCCUGGGCCUCUACCUCGCUACGCUGCUGCUGGUCUUCCGGAUCUACAGCCAGACGAGGAGGGUUCCUCCGUUUGUUUUCCUCUUCAUGUGCUGCGCCUCGUACCGGGUCCACUCCAUCUUCGUGCUGCGGCUCUUCAAUGACCCAGUGGCCAUGGCGCUGCUCUUCCUCAGUAUUAACCUCCUGCUGUCCCAGCGCUGGGGCUGGGCAUGUGGCUGUUUCAGCCUGGCUGUGUCGGUGAAGAUGAAUGUGCUGCUCUUUGCCCCAGGACUACUCUUUCUCCUUCUUUCUCAGUUUGGCCUCCGUGGGGCCCUUCCCAAGUUGGGCAUCUGUGCCCUGUUGCAGGUUGUCCUGGGCCUGCCGUUCCUCCUGGAGAACCCAGCUGGCUACUUGUCCCGUUCUUUUGACCUGGGCCGGCAAUUCCUGUUCCGCUGGACAGUGAACUGGAGAUUCCUACCCGAAGCGCUCUUCCUGAAUCGGGCCUUCCAUCUGGCACUGCUGGCCGCUCACCUGAGUCUGCUCGCGCUCUUUGCCUUCUGCAGGUGGCCCAGGUCAGGAGGAAGCCUCCUGUCCCUCCUGAAGGACCCCUCGAAGAGGAAACCCCCUGCCCGGCCCCUCACCGCCAAUCAGAUUGUCUCGGUGCUCUUCACAUCCAACUUCAUCGGCGUCUGCUUCAGCCGCUCGCUCCACUACCAGUUCUAUGUCUGGUACUUCCACACGCUGCCCUACCUCCUGUGGGCGACGCCCUCCCGCUGGCUCACGCACCUGCUCAGGUUACUGGUGCUCGGCCUCAUUGAACUGUCCUGGAACACCUACCCCUCCACGCCCUGCAGCUCCAUGGCCUUGCACCUGUGCCAUGCUGUCAUUUUGCUGCAGCUGUGGCUGGGCUCCAAGGCCCUCCCCGAGACCUCCCAUCCCCUUCAGCCCAGCAAGAAGGCCCCGUGA